GUUAAUAAAUAGAGAAGGCGCAAAUGUUAGCUGUACUAAGAUGUAAAUUAUUAAAAGUGAAAAUCGAAAAUGCGCAAAUUCGAAAAUUAAAUUACACCACGUCAAAAAUUAAUUUUCCCCUCUUUAUUUAUUAAUUUUUUAAAUUAUAUAUUAUUUACCAUUCUCUGUUUGCGCCUUCUCUAUUAAUUAACAUUCUCGGUUUUAGGAUAAUAUUUCCAAUAACAGCGCCAUCUAUGAAAGUCUUUUGUCAAUGUAACUAUUCCGGUUAUUUAGAUACAUCCGGCAACACUAUUCCAUAUAAUUUGACAUUUGACGUCUGACAGUGAACGUUUUUUUGCUGUUUUACUGCAAAAAUUAAGCAGUUUGUCGCCGAUUUUGUGAUUUUCGUACUAUUAAAGAAAACAUUACCAACAUUACAAAAAAUGACUACUUAUCUUACCGACAGUGAUGGAAAAUUUAUUCCAGCGACUCAACGACCGGAUGGUACUUGGCGCAAAGCUCGCCGCGUUAAAGAUGGCUAUGUGCCACAGGAAGAGGUGCCCUUGUACGAAAGCAAAGGUAAGCAAUUUGCGCAACGUAAGAACACGCUUCCGCCUGGUAUGUGUCCACUGGUAGCCGAACAGACCAAAAAAGAGCGAGAAAAACAAGAGCGUGCCAAAGCAAAGAAGGUCGCAAAGCAGCAGGAAAAUUCCGUAGCUUCUAAAUCAAUUAGUGGUGGAACGAGUAACAAUAAAAAAGUUAAGCAAACUCAAUCACAAACACAACAAAUACCUGGGUUACUCGUUCUUGCCAAGAACGAAACCUCAACGGCAACAGUCUCCAAAGUUAAUUCUAAUGCUAACAAGACAAGUACAAAUAACAACGACGCUGUUGUUAAACUAGCCAGCGAUUUGCAGGCCUCGCUGCAAGUGCAGUUAGAUGAAGGACUUGAUACAUCGAAAAAAUUGAAAAAGCUUCGAAAAAAGUUACGUGAAAUAGAGACAAUCGAGCAAAGAAUCAAAAGUGGAGAACUUAAGAAACCCGAAAAAGAUCAAUUAGAUAAAGUGAAGCGAAAAAAGGAUGUGAUAAAAGAAAUCAAGCAGCUUGAAGAGGAAGAAGAAGUCCAGUGUAAAGUCAAAGGAAGCGAUUAAAAUAAGCAUGCCGAAAUCUUAUGCGCACACCAUAAAACUCCAAAGUGCCAUGGAACAACUAAGCGAAGCACUAUAUUUGCUGUGCGUCACCACCCACUGAGUAUACGUACACAUAAAUAAUCGUUCUAGUGUUAUUAUUUAAAAGUUCAUUAUUUUAUUUUACUCUUACAUACAUUUUUUGGGUUUUUACUUGUUCUUUUAAAAGAGCCGUCUUAUAGAUGUAAUAAUAUUUUAUUUUUUUUAUUGUACUUGCGAAAAAAUUGUGAAUACAAUACCAGUUUGGUAAAUAUUGUAUAUUAAAACCUCAAGAACAAUGACCUGUUUGCCCAGAGUUCAAUUUAGUGUUAAAUUAUGUAUGUACUGUAUUGUGCAAGCGUUAUAAUUUUGCAUGUUUUUAAGGUAAUUUAAUUAUUUGUUGCGCCGAUAUAAUGAGUUCGUUUUAUUUACAAAAACGUAAAAUAUUUAUUAAUAUAAAAUUGCAUAAUUUCAUCAUAUAAAUAUAUUUAUACAUUUAUCGGUGCGUUGUACACUAGGUUAUCAAAAACAAAUUAGUGAAGCAAUCUUUAUUUUAUAAAACGCAAAACUAGAAGUCUUUGUGAUGUUCUUUUAAAAUCAAUGAUCAUCUACAUAUUUAAGUCGUUAAUAAGACAAGUAUACAACUGCCUAAAACUUGCACAUUCAAUUUCCAAGCAAAGACAAAAUUAUAGAGUAAUAAUAUAAACGAAAUUAUCAUGGAUUUAGUAUAAGAAUAAACAAUGAUCGGGUGUUUUAGCAUGUGUAAAAAUUUCGAAAAGCAUUUAAAAAAUGUCCGUACCAAUAUAGAGAUUGUCAAAAACACAUUAAGUAAGUAAACAAAAUAAGUGAACAUUAAUCCAAAGAAGACGAUAAAUCAAACUAGAACUGUAUAAAGCAGCCAUGUUACUUUUAUAAACUGUAGGUAUUUGUAAAAUAGAGUUUAAAUGUGUACGAAGAUGCUUCAAAUAAGAGUAAGUAAAAACGAAUUAUAAAUAUGUCCUUUUACUUUUUAAAAUAGUUUUACAAUUUUAUGUGAGGUCUAUUGUAGUUUUUACUGCAUAAAUAUUAAACGAAAAAUAUAUAUAUAUGUGUAUACAUACAUAUAUAUGUAUAUAUAUAUACAUAUAUAGUAUUUAUGUGAAGUUUGCAGCGGUGAAAUCAAUAUUGAAUACUAACAAAGUUGUGAAUCAUAUAAGCUCCAGCGACAUUUAAAAUUCAAUAAAUGUUUAUCAAAAAAUAAAGAGUGUUUGUAAAGAUAAGUAAGAAAAUACGUAUUAUGUACAAUGAAAUAUCAAUAAAAUGCUUAAAUUAUGAUGACUAUUAAA